AAAAUACAACUAGCAAGCAACUAUAUCGCAGUAUUAGUAGUAGUGAACAUGGAGAGCAAAAGUAGUAUAUGGCAAGGGUUGAAACCAGACUUGCUAAUGGUGUUAGUACAGAUUGCAUAUGCUGUGGUGACUAUAAUAUACAAGCUUGCAAUAAAUGAUGGAAUGAGCAUGAGAGUAGCCUCGGCAUAUCGCCUCAUUUGUGCAUCCGCUUUCACUAUCCCGAUUGCUCUUUUCUUUGAUAGGAAGAAGAGAGAAAAGAUUACUUGGAGUGUGCUUUCUAAGACAUUUCUAUGUGGAUUGUUUGGCGGAAGUUUGUAUCUAAACCUUUACCUAGAAGCUCUGGCUUUGACGUCAGCAACAUUUAUGUUGGUCGUCUUCAACUUAAUUCCAGCCAUUACCUUCAUCAUGGCUGUGUGUUUCGGAAUGGAUAAGUUCAAUUUGAAGGUUGUGGAAGGAAAGGCCAAGAUAAUAGGAACAUUACUAGGAAUUAGUGGUGCAAUGUUGAUGAUUUUUUUCAAAGGUGCAGAAAUUCAUAUUUGGUCUUCCAAUAUCAACCUUUCGCAUCCACAUCACCCAAAUGAGCAAAUGGUAUCUCGCCAUGCUGACUUUGGUAAGAAAUUGUUGGGUGUUUCAAUUGCAUUAGCAAGCAGUUGCUCUUUCUCAUUGUGGUAUAUUAUUCAGGCUAAGUUGAAUGAGGAAUACUCAAGUCAUCGCUCAAGUGCAGCUUUAAUAUCCAUAAUGGGAGCCAUUCAAGCAACUGCAAUAGCACUUUGUGUUGAAAGAGAUUGGGAACAGUGGAAGCUUGGAAAUAACCUCAGGAUUUUUGCCGUUGUUUAUCCAGGAAUUGUGACCUCUGGAUUAGUUGUUAUCGCUACGGCGUGGUGCAUAAAGAUAAGGGGUCCUCUAUUUGCAUCUAUUUUCAGCCCUUUACAACUCUUUCUUGUAGUUAUAGCUGCUUAUUUCAUGUUGGAUGAGAAAUUAUAUUUGGGAAGCAUGCUUGGAGCAAUGGUGAUUGUGUGUGGUCUCUAUGCGGUACUUUGGGGUCAAAGCAAAGAAACAAAAAAUAAAGUGAAGAUAUUAGAAAUCACAAGAAUGCCUGAAAAUGACGAGCUUGUUGUUAUUUCUAUGCCUGUUUCCCACGAUAGAGUCAUCCAAAGCUAG